AUGGAGAUUAAAAUGUUAUGGUAUGAGGUUGCUUCAAAAGGAGUUGUAUCUGGAUCUCUUCGUAAUAAAAUAUUAGGCGAUGGUGCUCUCAAUGAGAAGACGGCAUCAGAAAAAUCUUAUCAAAUUCUCAGUGGUUUGAUAUAUUUACACAGUAAGCUUAUAAUACACAGGGAUAUUAAAGGUGCCAAUAUAUUGUUAGAUUUAAACGGAAAUUGCAAGCUUGCUGAUUUUGGUGUAUCAAAGCAGAUACAGACAAUACGUACUCAAGCAGGUUAUAAAACAACUGCUGGAACACCUUAUCAUAUGAGUCCAGAAGUUAUUAUUGCUAGUAAAGAUAACAUAGAAUAUGGAAAAAAGGCUGAUAUAUGGUCAUUUGGUUGUACUGUACUGGAAAUGCUUACAACGAAGCCGCCUUGGUCUCAUUUAAAUGAAACAGCUGCUAUUUUCCAUAUUGUUUCAAAUUUAACGAAACCCGAUCUGCCUGAAAACUUGUCAAACUCUUGCGUUAAGUUUGUAAAUGAUUGUUUUAUAAGAGAACCGGCAUCACGACCAGAUGCAUCGCAAUUGAAGUCUUAUGAUUGGGUAAAAAGAUAAAUUGCAUAACGUUCAAAUCAUUAAAUUUGUGACAUCAAAAUAUAUUAUUUUUUAAAUAACAUUUGCAAAUUAAAAAUAACAUUUUGCGAUAAAA